AUGACCAGUUAUUGCCAGCUUACGAAGAAUGCCGACCACGAAUAUGAAUGCUAUGGGUGUGAAAAUGUCGGCACUUUGUUUGUGAAGAAGACAGAGCUCGAACGCACAACAAAUAGUAAUGCAAGAAAGCUGAGAUGUAAGGUCCACAAUGACUUCCACGAAUUAGAACGCUGCGCGCGAAAGUGCGCAACAUGCCGAGUCUUUCAGCGAGCACUCUGGCUGCGCCAGUUCACAAAGCAAGAAGCUGACAUGCUGGCGGUCUCGGGGCUACAAGACCCAAUCUGGGCUCAAUUGUCUAUUCCUUCGGCUGGCGUGGUGUCUAUCUUCCCCAAGACUUCCGGGGGAAAGACGGACCAAAUAGGUGGCACGAGCGAAAGUGUCCUGACUAUAGAAAUAGGAACAACCUCACAACCGCAAAAGAGUGCCAUCGUAAGGAUUUCAAGCAAUCAAGGCUCAGUGCCUACAAAUCUGAGGCCUGAAGGUUCUAGCGAGUUCGUGUUGAGGGAAGCGAGGGGCUGGUUCAAGAAUUGCGAUAAGAAUCAUGCCAAAUGCAAGAAUCUCAGUUGGUCUCGACGAAAUCCUUCAUACCUUGUCAAAGUUGAACCUGGAUCUGGAGACCUCCAAUUAGUUAAGACUGCAGGGGAGGAUAGGCUCGAGUAUGCUGCUCUUAGCUACUGUUGGGGGCUUGAUCUCGCCGUUGAUGAAGUAGAAUCGACCAAGAUAGAAGCCUCAAAGACUCUGCGCGGCCAUCAGAAUAACGAGGGCAACCUUGAUCAGCGGCUAAGAGCAUUCUCAGCAUCAAGCCUACCGGAGACCAUUAGAGAUGCCAUUAAACUCACAGAAUGCCUUAAAAUCCCUUACAUUUGGGUAGAUGCGGUAUGCAUCCCUCAGGAUACAGAUGAUUGGUAUGAGGAAGCAUCGAGAAUGCAUGAAGUUUACGGAAAUGCUGCCGUCACGCUGUCCAUUUGCUCGAGCGAAAAGUCUGUGGACGAUGUUCUAGGCUAUAGGAAAGCCUGGCAGUAUCGUAGAGACUCCUGUCGCCUGUAUUCGGGACAUUGGCUGGCCAACGUAGAUACAACUCUGGAUGAAGUAAGGUUACGUUCGCGGCUGUUCACUCGCGCUUGGACGCUGCAAGAAGAGCGCUUAUCACCCAGAAUACUCUAUGUCUCUGGGCAACGUAUGUACUGGUCUUGCCUUCACUCUCAAUCUAUCGAGUCGGGAGGUCACCGCGGACAGCUGGAAUUGCCGAAUAGAUCGAGAUGGCUACGACAUCCUCAAGAGUUCCUUGACACACGUUUCAGAGGAGAUAUUGCUAGUAUCCAAAUACAAUGGCUCGAGUUGGUUAAAACGUAUGCAAAGCGGUUCAUAACGAGAAAUGAAGACAGGUUUCCAGCGAUGGCAGGUCUUGCAAUCCAGUAUCUUGAACCAUUUGUAGAAAAUGGAAAGGUCGUCAAAGAGGAGUACCUCGCUGGUCUGUGGCGACAGAGUUUUCUCCAAGGCUUGACAUGGUCUAUAGAAGUUGCUAAAGAGCCAGAGCAAAAUCUUUGGUCUAUCGCACCUAGCUGGUCUUGGGCCUCCACUCCUCCUGGAUCUGACAUCGAAACACAGCAUCCUAACGAGCCAAUCGAGACUUUCAAGCUACUAGAAAGAACAAGGCUUGGGCAAGACGGCCAAAAUGACGAUUCUCUAGAAAUAGUAACACGAGGGGCAUCGAUCAAAUCAGUUAGAGUCUUUGGUCAGGUCCGGCGUCUCCUGCACGAACAAUCGAUCCGGAUCCCCUGGGAGGCUGUGCAGAGAAAACUCAGUCGCAAGGAUGAGUUCGACUUUUCAGACUGCAUCUCAUAUUUUGUGCACAGCAAGCACUCUACAACAGGUCAACUACUGGCUUACGAACCACGUAAGCAGGAAAUCGUUUGCAAGCUAGACUAUAUGUUUGUUGAGGACGGUGUUGAAUCGCGGUGUCGCAUGUCGGAAGAUGAUAUGAAGGAAAUUUCAUGUCUCCAGACAGGGGAAUCAUCAAUGUUGCUGCUCAUGAAGGUGAGAGAGACCGAGCAAGAACACGUGGGUGUCGAAGCCGAAGAACAAGAACCGGUCUGGAUGUAUCGGAGGGUAGGCGUUUGCAAUACAGUGCGCAAUUUGUUCUUCGCCUCAGCUGUAGGAGAGUCCCUUAUUCUCGUCUGA